GCCGAACGUCUGUUUUCCCCCUCAGGUUCUUCCGGGGCGACUACACGGUGGAGGUGGCGAUCAACGACUACCUGGACAUCUACUGCCCGCACUACGAGGCGCCGGAGCCGGCGGAGCGCAUGGAGCACUACAUCCUGUACAUGGUGAACUACGACGGCUACAUGAGCUGCAGCCACUUCCGCAACGGCUUCAAGCGCUGGGAGUGCAACCGGCCGCAGAGCCCAAACGGGCCGCUCAAGUUCUCCGAGAAGUUCCAGCUCUUCACGCCCUUCAGCCUGGGCUUCGAGUUCAGGCCGGGACACGAGUACUACUACAUCUGUGAGUACCUGGAGGUCACCGCGCAGCCGCGGGUCUGGGCUUUGACUGGGCCGCUGAUCACCGUAGUUGGUUCUGUGAGGAGUUUUUUAUUUAUUCUGGCCAGAUUUUUAUCUGAAUAGUUGUUUUUUUUUUAGCUUUUGUUGAGUUUUACUUUGUAGCAGCAGCGAGUUUAUCGAUUCAUUUCUAGACCUGCUGACGAGUUUC